AUGAAUACAAUUGAAGUUGAAGAAGGUUGGAAUAAUGCAGCCAUUGAAACUGGUGUAUGGCAUGGAAAUCAAGAAAAUGAAAGAGAAAAUAUUACACAAGUUAUUUUGAUAGGUGAUACUCUUCCAAAUACAAAGAAUGAAGAAAAUGAGAAAAGAAACUACUAUGGAGAAAAAUAUUGGAAAGGAACUAAAUUUGCACGACCGACCUAUUAUAAAGAUGAGUUAGAAAAAUUGAAAGCACAUAGAAUUCCAGUACAUGCUUUUUUUAUUGAACAACGAGCUGAAGCAGUUUUUAAACAGAUUGUCAAUGAAACAGGUGGACGUUGUGAUAUGUUAGACAUAAAUUCUUCAUCAAGUUCACAAAUGUUAACAGAUCUAGUAACUGAAGAAAUUCUUAGAAAUGUCAGAAGAUCUACAAAAGGAAAUGCUCUUGUUGAAGCUUACUGA